AUGGAGUUUUUCACCAACCAGUUUGAUAAAAAUGCCGACUCACAGUUACCACCGGGGUUCAGAUUCCAUCCUACAGAUGAAGAACUCAUCACCUGUUACCUUCUCCGGAAAGUUCUUGACGGAAGCUUCACCUGUCGUGCCAUCGCCGAAGUUGAUCUCAACAAAUGCGAACCAUGGGAGCUUCCUCAAAGAGCGAAAAUGGGAGAAAAAGAAUGGUACUUUUUCAGUCUUCGUGAUCGGAAGUACCCAACUGGGCUGAGAACGAACAGAGCAACGGAAGCCGGUUACUGGAAAGCCACCGGGAAAGAUAGGGAGAUCUUCAGUUCGAAAACUUCGUCUUUAGUGGGCAUGAAGAAAACCCUAGUGUUUUAUAGAGGUAGGGCUCCGAAAGGUGAAAAGAGCAACUGGGUGAUGCAUGAAUAUCGUCUUGAAGGCAAAUUUGCGUACCAUUUCCUCUCGAAAAGCUCCAAGGAUGAAUGGGUAAUCUCCCGGGUGUUUCAGAAGAGUGGCACCCCCGCCAAUGUUGGUGGUUCAUGCACCCCCGGUGGGAUGAAGCCUGUAGCUGGCGGAAUGAAUUGCUACCAAGAAUUGAACUCUUCGACGUCGGUGUCUCUUCCGCCGCUUCUAGACUCGUCACCCUACGCUUCCGCCACAUCAGCGUACACCGCCGACCACGACAGCUACUCGUACGAUAGCAACGCUGCCUCAAAAGAGCACGUACCCUGUUUCUCCACUGCUUCAGCCAGCAAUUAUGACUCUCAGUAUGUUUUUGACCUUCCUCCGCCUCCUCUAUCCGCCUCUACCUUCACCGGCCCCGCCAUGGACUACCAGAAAAACGUCGGCGUCUCCUCUUUUCCAAGUUUGAGGGCACUUCAAGAGAAUCUCCAGCUCCCUUUCUUCUACUCGUCUGUAGCUCCACCACAGCCACCAGUUCAUGGCGACGGAACAAUGUGCAGCUAUCCAAAUUCGUCCGGUGGAAGUUGGUUGCCUGCGGUUUCUUCGGCGGCAGAGAUUCAGAAGCCUGGUCCUACAGAACUGGACUGCAUAUGGAGCUUCUGA